CAGGUUAUCCAUAAACCUCCAGACAGACGGGUAGGCAGGAGCUGUUGAGUGUUGGUGAUCGGAAAAGAUAGACAGAAAAAACGUGCGACUUUCUUCCUUCUGGAUAAACUGUGAUCAUGUCGUACUCUGGAGAGAGGAUUAAGAAAAUGCUUCCCAGGGAAUAUCUUCGCAAGCAUGUGGCCCAUGAUAUAUACACUGCAUUAACUCACUUCAACAGACUUGAGCCUGUGGUGGAUUUAUACGUUUACAAUGAUGGAACCAAAAAGAACCUGAUGAGUCUGACUGGAACCAUUCCUGUCCUGUAUGAUGACAAGACCUACAACAUCCCAGUGUGCGUUUGGCUUGAAGAAACCUACCCCCUGUCUGCCCCCAUCUGCUACGUCAGACCCACACGUGAGAUGAUGGUCCUCCGGGGAAAGUACAUCUCCAGCAACGGCGAAGUCAUGCUGCCCUACCUGGAGGAGUGGAAGCAUGGCGAAUGUGAUCUGGUGAGCCUUCUGCAGGUGAUGGCUGCCGUGUUUGGAGACUUCCCCCCCGUGUGCAUGCAGCCUCAACCAGAGCCGACAGAACAGACCUCCUGUUGGCUGCAGUUCCAGAGAGAAUCAGAGGUUUCCACGAGGGAUGAAAGUUUGUACCUGUUCUUAGACAGAGAGGACGGUCAACCUGUCCUGCAAGAAAAUGAAACCAACUGUUAGUCUUAUUUUUUUUGUGGAAAUUAAAAAUGACUGUUUGUGUGGUGCCUGUGUUUUGUUUUGUGCACAAUGUCAGAUGGUAUCCAUUGAAUAGUUUACUGUAUGUUUCAUUUGAUUGAUAAUGUAUCCUGUAAGUCUACUUUUUUUAACUGAUAAGACUAUUAAUGUCCAGCAGCCUCUGAUGAAAACACUUGACUGUCUUUGGCGUGAAUGUACUGUGUUAAAGAUGUUUUUGAUGUUCGUCGUGAGAACCAUAACUUCUUUGGGAUCUUAAUGCUUGUGUGGUGAUGAAACAGAAUUGCUUUACAAGCAGCUUGUUAAACUGUCCCUGAACCCAAAGCCAUUUCAUUUGGACUUUUGACCAGUGAAGUGAGCGGUGAGUAAAUUGGAGAACAUGUACACGGCCAGGUGGAGAACAAUGUAGGACAGUUUACUGUGAAAGAGUGCUGCUCAUUUAACUUUGACUGAAAAUCUAGUGACUGCUGUUGUAAAUAAAGUUCCAUUUUAAACAA